AUGACGAUUAACACUACGUACAGGAACAUAUCGUAUUUGAAAAACACAUCAUUCGUUGACAUACCCUACUACUUGCGCGGCUUUGCUGAUUUCAAUACAAGCACUCCAUUAUCGCAGCUUCUGUUUGUUAUCAAUCAGCCUGAAAUUAUUGGCUGGAGAGGGCUUCCGAAAGAUGUGUUCUCUGAACCACGUAAGCUCGGUGAAGGUGUAUACGGUGAAGUGUUUGCCACAAAGUACAAAGGAAAGCCUACUGCUCUAAAG